AUGGCUGAUGAACGAUUGGAAGCGAUCCCUUCUCCUGCCCAAGGAGUUGGCCCAAUUUACAGACCCGAUGGCGAGAAGCCAACAGCGACAGUGUCGAAAGACAUACCUUAUGAAAAUGUCCAUGUCUUGCCUCAAACACCCCAUAUGAUCAGAGAUAAGAGAACUGGACGUGCCGAUUUCAUAUUCUAUUCCAACAGAAUCAUCCGUUUAUUGGUGGAAGAGGGUUUAAACCACCUUCCAGUGGUUGAGCAAGCGGUGACAACUCCUGUAGGCCGUACCUAUCUCGGUGUCAAGUUCGAAGGUAAAAUAUGCGGCGUAUCCAUCAUGAGAGCAGGCGAGGCGAUGGAGCAGGGCUUGAGAGAUUGCUGUCGAUCAGUUCGCAUUGGGAAAAUACUUAUACAGAGAGAUGAGGAAACAUGCAAGCCGAAGCUUUUCUACGAGAAGCUCCCUGCUGAUAUCUCCAGUCGAUGGGUUUUACUCCUUGAUCCAAUGUUCGCAACUGGGGGUUCGGCGACGCUCGCUGUCGAAAUUCUGAAGGCGAAGGGUGUACCAGAGGACCGUAUUCUAUUCCUCAACCUUAUCGCAAGCCCUUCAGGAGUUGCAGACUUUGCGGAACGCUUCCCUAAGCUCAGGGUCGUAACUGCUUUUAUUGACCAAGGCUUGGAUGAGAAAAAGUACAUUAUCCCUGGACUUGGUGAUUUUGGUGAUCGAUACUAUACGCUGUGA